UUGAUGGUGGCAGCGGCGGCAGCCUAAGCAGCAGCAGCCCUCGGCGCGCGCCAGCUCCGCCAGCUCCCGUCGCCCCUGCCUUCUCCAGCCUCCUUCAUCCCGUCUCCCCGAAAGGUGCUGGGCGGAUCCGGGGCGGCGAAGGGCGAGCGGCUGCGAGCGGCGGUAGCGGCGGAGGCAGCGGUAACGUCGGCGGGAGGCAAGGAUGAGCGCACGCGGUGAAGGCGCCGGGCAGCCGUCCACUUCAGCCCAGGGACAACCUGCCGCCCCGGCGCCGCAGAAGCGGGGACGCGGCCGACCCAGGAAGCAGCAGCAAGAGCCAACCUGUGAGCCCUCUCCUAAGAGACCCAGGGGAAGACCGAAAGGCAGCAAAAACAAGAGCCCUUCCAAAGCAGCUCAGAAGAAAGCAGAAGCCAUUGGAGAAAAACGGCCAAGAGGCAGACCGAGGAAAUGGCCACAACAAGUCGUUCAGAAGAAGCCUGCUCAGGAGGAGACUGAAGAGACAUCCUCGCAAGAGUCGGCCGAGGAGGAUUAGGGGGCACCGGCAUUUGAUUUCUACCUCAG